AUGUACUACCGGAAACAGGAAGAAUAUCGGAAUCAGCAGCACGACCGGUCACCAAAUCCGAUCCCGACAUCCGGAUCAUUUUCGCAUCAUCCCCACCAAUACAAUUUACGCCACGGGCAGGGGCAGCAGCAACCACAUGGGAAUUAUUACGGUGGUGGUGCUGGUGGGGACACUCCGGUUAGGUCGGCCACGUUGGGGAGAAAACGACGCGACGACGGGGGCGGAAUGGAGAACAGGAAAAAGAUGAAUAAUUCCCUGGAAUAUAGAUGCUUGCCAAAACCGGAGCAAACCAUAAGACCCGUUCUGCCCAUAAAUCCAAACCAGGUUUGUGGAAUUACGCCGUCGGAUAUUGAUAAGUACUCGAGAGUCGUGUUUCCCGUGUGCUACCUUUGUUUUAAUUUGAUCUAUUGGAUAACUUAUUUGCACAUUAGUACCGUUAAUCCGGGGGAUUUAACGUUGAUUGGGGGGUAG